AGCAAGAGACAGCACACACGAGCUAGCUAGCUAGCUUCUUGCAACAUCACAGUACGGUACACGGUGACUUGCAUUGUGUAGCUUCGAAUUCUCCCUGAACACCAACAUACUCCAUUGGCCGGCCACGCAUCGAUCUCUCAAGUCAUCCAUGGAAAACUUGCUCCACGUGACCCCGUCCCACGUAUCGCUCCCGAAUAGUUAUGCUGUCCCGCAGCUCCCGCAGGCGAAGGCGACCCCCACAGACAUCAGCCUGCCCGUUAUCGACCUGUCCCGUAGCCGCGACGAGGUUUGCCGCGCUAUCCUCGACGCCGGCAAGGAGUUUGGCUUCUUCCAGGUUAUCAACCAUGGAAUCCCGGAGCAGGUGUUGCAGGACAUGGAGUCGGUGAGUGAAGAGUUCUUCCAGCUGCCGGCUGCGGAUAAGGCACAUUUCUACUCGGAGGAUACAAACAGGCCCAACCGGCUCUUCUCCGGCUCCACGUACAAGACCAGCAAAAGGUUGUACUGGAUGGACUGCCUCCGCCUUGCGCGCACCUUCCCUGGCAGCGACUGCAAGAAAGAAUGGCCUGAAAAGCCCGAGGAGCUCCGCAAUGUUUUUGAAAACUACACUGCACUAAUGAGAGGCCUGGGGAUGGAGAUGCUGCAUAUGCUCUGUCAGAGCCUGGGGCUCCCGUCUGACUAUUUCGAUGAAGACCAGAGUGCCGGCGAUAUGAUUCUCAGUGUCAUCCGAUACCCUCCGUGCCCGACCCCUGACGUUACGCUUGGUCUGCCACCGCACUGCGACCGGAACCUCAUCACACUUGUCCUCUCCGGCUCCGUGCCUGGCCUCCAGGUUUUCUACAAAGGUGACUGGAUCAUGGUCAAGCCCAUACGCCAUUCCUUCGUCAUCAACUUUGGCCUGCAUCUCGAGGUUGUGACCAAUGGGAUCAUAAAGAGCGUUGAGCACCGCGUGAUAACCAACUCGGUGCAAGCAAGGACGUCUGUGGUGAUAACCAUAAACGGCACCGAAGAUUGCCUUAUUGGACCUGCCGGCGAGCUCCUUGGUGAAAACAAGCCCCCACGCUACCGCACUGUUACGCUCCGCGAUUUCAUGCGCAUCUAUAACAAAUCCCUCGAGAACCCUGAUGCCGCUAUCAAAGAACGCAUGAAGCCCUUCAUGAUAUGAUGAUUUUAUAUGUAUAUGCCUGCUGGUUGCCUUGUUCUCCCACCCAGACAUAGGCAAGGAAUAAUAUCAGUUUUGUUUAUCUUGUUGCUCGUGAUCCAUAUGUACUAGCACACAAACCGUCCUCCGAUGGUCAUCAUGUGUAUGUGCUAUGAAGAACCAAAAGACUCAAAUAUGUUCUGAAUAAAAUAUACGAUCUCAUUGUUCUUA